GUUGGAAAUAAUGGUUGCAAGUUAGUGCUCACGACACGGUUACAACAUUUUGCUCGUGUAAUGGAUUGUGAGGUGAUCAUGGUGAAUCCUCUUCCAGCUAAUGAAGCAUCAACAUUAUUCUUGGAGAAAGUUGGAAGUGAUGUGUUUUCAAAUGGCAAAAUUAAAAGAGAUGUAGAGCCAUUUUUGAAGCAAAUUUUGCAAAAAUGUGAUGGAGUACCGCUUGCUAUUGUGACAGUGGCAAAAUCAAUGAGAGGGAAAUUACUUCCUCGUCGUUGGAAGUUAGCACUUUCUGAAUUUAGUAAAUUUGAAAGCAUUAUUGAUUAUUUUAAAUUCAGUUACGAAUGCCUAGAACCACAAUGCCAGGAGUGUUUCCUAUAUUGUGCAUUAUAUCCUGAAGAUUAUGAAAUCCCAAAGGAGGAGUUAAUUGAGUAUUGGAUUGAGGAGGGGCUUAUAUAUAAAGAAGGGAAAACUAGGGAGGCAAUGAAUUGGAAGGGUCAUGAUAUACUCGAUAAGUUGGUUGACAACUGCUUGUUAAAGUUGGUUAAAAAAAAUUACCAAGAAGAUUGUGUGAGUAUGCAUGAUCUUCUCCGAGAAAUGGCAUUGGAAAUCAGUCAAUUUUUUGUGAAAGCUGGCAUUACCUUGGAAAAGCUACCAGAAGAAGAUGAAUGGAGAGAUCGUUUGAAGGUUUCUUUAAUGAGGAAUCACAUAACAGAAAUUCCUUCAAGCAUGUCGUCUCCAAAGUGUCCUAUGCUCACAACCUUGCUAUUGUCCAAUAACAAUAUUUCAACCAUUCCAGAAGCAUUUUUUGAGCAAAUGCUUGGGCUCAAGAUUCUUGAUCUUUCCCACAAUCCUAAGCUAAGUAGGCUGCCGAGUUCUGUUUCCAAAUUGGAGAAGCUUACUACAUUAUUGCUGGGGCAUUGUGGCUUCUUAGAAGAGGUACCGUCUUUAUCCAACCUUGUAGGCUUAAAAAAGUUAGACCUUUCCUGGACAUCAAUUGAAGAACUUUCCCAAGGCCUCAACAGGUUAACAAAUCUAAAAUAUCUUAGUCUUGGUGGAAGAUUAUCUAAAACACUUGAUGAACCGCUACAAAAUCUCUCCAAACUUCAGCAUUUACUAGUAAAUGACGAUCUCGAUCCUGAAACAGAAUAUAAAUGGGAAACGAUUGGAAUUUGGGGGAACCUUCAAAACCUUGAGAAGUUGGAUCUUGGUUAUUUGGAUAACUUGAAUAUGGUGUUUGGGGAAGUAGGAGCAAUUGCUGAGUCAGUACCCCUACCAACUGGCACAUUUUCCUCUCUUCAAUAUGUUAGUGUUUUUGCAUGUGAUAAAAUAAAGAAGUUAUUCUCAGUUAGGUGGUUACCGUAUCUCCAAAAACUACAGACUAUUGAGGUCAAUUAUUGUGCGCAACUUGAAGAGAUAAUAGGGUCUGAAUUUGAAGAAGGAGAAAAAGUCACUCUAUCCAAGUUGCAAGGAUUGAAAUUGACCGAAUUGCCCCAAUUGAAAAGCAUCUAUAGCGGUUCUUUGAUUUGUGAUUCCAUCAAGAACAUUAAAAUUAAUAAUUGCAAAAAUAUAGAGCGUGUUUUUUGGUCAGGGUUCAAUCCACUUCCAAAUCUUGAAUAUCUAUACCUUUUCAAUUUAGAGAAUUUGAAAUCCGUGUUUGAUGAAGAAGGUCUUGGUUUAUGGUCACUUGUACCUCCCACAAGCUUUUUCUCUCUUACAGAAAUUAGGGUUGAUAAUUGUCAUCGAUUAAAGAAGGUAUUCUCAUCUGGAUGGCUACUCAACUACUUCCAAUCUCUAGAGAUUAUUGAGGUUCAAUGGUGUUCACAGUUGGAGGAUCUGAUAUUGUCAUCAACACAUGAAGAAGAAAAAGUCACUCUACCCAAGUUACAAACCUUGAAAUUGACGAGAUUGCCCUUAUUGAAGAGCAUCUGCAGCAGCUUCAGUGUGUUGAAUUGUGAUUACAUCAAGUGGCUGGAGAUUGUCCACUGUGAGAAGCUAAAGAGGAUUCCUCUGAAUUUUCCCUUGCUUGAUAAUGCCCAAUCAUCUCAUCCUUCUUCCCUCAAAGAAAUUGUGGUAUUCCCAAAAGAAUGGUGGAAAUCAUUGGAAUGGGACGAUCCCAAUGCAAAAGACAUUCUUUUACCCUUCUGCGAAUUUCGGCAGACUAAUUUGUGGUGGGGCGCACCGCAAAUGUAAGCCUUUUAAUCUUCAAUUUUUCAUUUUUUAUUCAACUCAGUGUGAGUUUUCCAUUCUUAAUAAAUCUCUCUCUCUCACACACAUUUAUUCUUUUCUCCCCCAUUGGCAGCAAUUUUGAUUCGGCUCUAUAACCACAAGAAAGUUGGAGGAAAUCACAUAUGCACUAGUUGCUGUUGCUAUUGGGUUUUCAAUUUAAUAUAAUCUUUGUUUUUCU